GAAAGAAAAUUUCCUCUCUCAUUUCUAGAGGAGGAGGAAAGGUAGUACCAGAGCCCCAGCCCACACGUUCCUCCCCAUUCCGCGGCUAGGGUUCCGGCGAUGGCGACGCCACGAUCCCCAAGCCCCCGUGGCGACGCGCGCCUGGACUCGGCACCGCUCCUCGGUGGCGGCGGCGGCGGUGGCGGCCGUCGCCACGGUGGCGCGCUGCGGCGGCCGUCGCUCCGGGGAGCGGCUCGGUUCCUGCGCCGGAGCGGUCGCCGGGCGAUGCGCGAGCCGUCCCUGCUGGUGCGGGAAGCGGCGGCGGAUCAGCUGGAGGAGCGGCAGGCCGACUGGGCCUACUCCCGCCCCGUGGUGGCGCUCGACCUCCUGUGGAACCUCGCCUUCAUCCUCGUUGCCGCCGCCGUGCUCGCGCUGAGCCGCGAAGAGAGCCCGUCCAUGCCGCUCCGCCUCUGGAUCGUUGGGUACGCCGUUCAGUGCGUCCUCCACAUGGCCUGCGUCGCCAUCGAGUACCGUAUGCGCCGCGGCCAGAGCGGUGAAUCCCCCAUGGCCGCCGACGAGGAGACAGGAACCGAUGGAUCGUCGUCGUCAAGUGACGAGGACGCCGGCGAGCGUGCUCCCCGUGGCCGCAAUGGCGAUUAUGUUCGUAUUGCAAAACAUCUGGAGUCUGCUAAUACAAUGUUCUCCUUUAUAUGGUGGAUAAUCGGAUUUUACUGGGUAUCUGCUGGUGGGCAAGUUCUUACUCAUGAUGCACCUCAACUUUACUGGCUUUGCAUCGUCUUUCUGGCAUUUGAUGUUUUCUUUGUCGUCUUUUGUGUUGCUUUGGCUUGCAUCAUUGGAAUUGCUGUUUGUUGCUGCCUCCCAUGUAUCAUAGCAAUUUUAUAUGCUGUGUCUGAUCAGGAGGGAGCAUCGGAAGAUGAUAUUCGCCAAAUUCCAAGAUACAAAUUUCGGAGGAUGGAUGAGCCUGAAAAGCAAUCUGUCAACAUGACUGGAUCUUCCGGUGGAAUAAUGAUAGAAUGUGGCACCAACCAACCUAUUGAAAAAGUACUUGCAGCUGAAGAUGCGGAGUGCUGCAUUUGCCUGUCAGCGUAUGAUGAUGGUGCAGAGCUGCGUGAGCUCCCUUGUGGGCACCAUUUCCACUGUGUCUGCAUUGAUAAAUGGCUGCACAUCAAUGCGACUUGUCCCCUAUGCAAGUUCAAUGUUCGAAAAAACAGUAGCAGCAGUGGUAGUGAAGAAGUAUAAAUCUCCACGAGAGAAUCCAAGCAUAAUCGGUAUUUAGCUUCUCGUCCCACGCGACUUCUGUCACAACUGUGGUACUUUUCAUGUCAAAUCCCCUAGAGUGUGCGUUCUUAUGUGUUUGCUAAUAUAACAAAAGAAAAACAAAUGAUCCAUGUAAAUUCUUGUAUUCAAUAUAUAUGCUCAUAGUGGUCACCAUGCCCCAUGUCUCCUUGUUUCACAUGCCUUUGCGCUGCUGCCUGCUGUCUUGUAGGUUGUGUGAGUCGUGGAAGGUGAGGAUUGUGUGUGGUUCACCUGCUUGCUUGUGUAUAUACGUGCAACUGAGCAUUGUGUGUCGUUCACCUGCUUGCUUGUGUAUAUACGGAGUACUAGUUUGAGUCUUUUGCCUCUUUGAACUCAAAGAAGUAGCACGCCAUUUUUUUUUUGGA